GAGAGAGAGAGAGAGAGAGAGAGAGAGCGCUCUUCAGUUGGUUAAAUCAGAAGCAGCACGAGCUCAACGCGGACUGACUCCGCUUCCAACGGCUCGAUUUAAAAAUACUUCUCAACGGAUGGAUUAUUGACGUCACGCCGUCUAACUCUCGGAUACUCUUCUUUUAUGGAAGAUUUCGGGAUUUAAUCUCUUUUACAUUUUAUUUUUUUUUAGUUAGUAAUAUUUGUUAGUAUCCCUGUCGCGCUCUACGGGAGCGUCGUACCUGCCGGGGGCAGCCAUGGGUUUCUACGGCACCUUGAAGCUCAUCUUCUACAAAAUGAAGAGGAAGUUGGAUCACGGUCCAGACGGCCGGCCGUUCCCUUCGGGGAAGAAGCACUGCAAAGGCAACGGAUACCUCAGUCCCGCCAGCCUGGUUCAGGCCACCACGCCGACCACGUUCGGCGACCUGCGGCUGGCCAACGGGCACUCUGCUCAGCGGCGGCGCGUCACCUCGGGCCCGCCCCCCUCCGGCCUGCAGGACUGGCUUCACAUCUUCCAGACGUGGAGCGGCCCCGAGAGGCUGUUGGCUCUGGACGAGUUGAUCGACCACUGUGAGACGAGUCAGGUGAAGCACAUGAUGCAGGUCAUCGAGCCGCAGUUCCAGAGAGACUUCAUAUCCCUGCUGCCCAAAGAGUUAGCGCUGUACGUGCUGACGUUCCUGGCUCCCAGAGACCUGCUGCAGGCCGCUCAGACCUGCCGGUACUGGAGGAUCCUGGCCGAAGACAACCUGCUGUGGAGAGAGAAGUGCCGCGAGGAAGGUGUGUCAGAGUACGCGUUGGCGCGUCGCAGGAAGUGUGAGCGUCCGGGCGUGGCGGUCAGCCCGUGGAAGUCGGCCUACAUCAGACAACACCGCAUCGAGAACAACUGGAGGAAGGGGGACACGGGAGAGCCCAUGGUGUUGAAAGGUCACGACGACCACGUCAUCACGUGUCUGCAGUUCAGCGGAGACCUCGUCGUCAGCGGCUCCGACGACAACACGCUCAAAGUCUGGUCCGCCGUCUCCGGCAAGUGUCUGCGGACGCUGACGGGUCACAGCGGCGGCGUGUGGUGCAGUCAGAUGGCGGCCGCCACGGUGAUCAGCGGCUCCACCGACCGCACGCUGCGCGUGUGGGACGCCGAGAGCGGCGAGUGUGUCCACACGCUGUACGGACACACUUCCACUGUGCGCUGCAUGCAUCUCCACGGCAACAGGGUGGUGUCAGGCUCUCGGGACACGACGCUGCGUGUGUGGGACGUGUCGACCGGCCGCUGCGAGCACGUGCUGACGGGCCACGUGGCGGCCGUGCGCUGCGUUCAGUACGACGGCCGCCGCGUGGUGUCGGGCGGCUAUGACUACAUGGUGAAGGUGUGGGACCCCGAGACGGAGGUGUGUCUGCACACGCUGCAGGGACACACCAACAGAGUGUACUCGCUGCAGUUUGACGGUGUGUUCGUGGUGAGCGGCUCGUUGGACACUUCGAUCAGAGUCUGGGAUGCAGAGACAGGUGGGUGUGUGCACACGCUGACGGGCCACCAAUCACUGACCAGCGGCAUGGAGCUGCGAGACAACAUCCUGGUGUCCGGGAACGCCGACUCCACGGUCCGAGUGUGGGACGUCCGCACGGGACAGUGUCUCCACACACUGCAAGGGCCCAACAAGCACCAGUCGGCGGUGACGUGCCUGCUGUUCUGCCGAGGUCUGGUUCUGUCCAGCUCCGACGACGGGACGGUCAAACUGUGGGACCUGAGGACGGGAGCCUGGCUGCGAGACGUGGUGGCGCUGCAGAGCCGGGGAUCAGGUGGCGUCGUGUGGCGAAUCCGAGCGUCAGACACUCGGCUGGUGUGCGCCGCCGGCAGCAGGAACGGGACGGAGGAAACCAAACUGCUGGUGCUGGACUUCGACCUGGACGACGGGAAGACAGAGACAGACAGACAGACACACAGACAGAGAGACAGACACACAGACAGACAGAGAGACAGACAGACAGGUAUGAAUGUCCCAACAGUGUGUCCUGAUUGGCUGACAGACAUUACGAGGACACCUGGACGGACAAAACACGCUCCACAACCUGGAUACCAAACGUUGGAUUAAUCCGAGGCUGAGAUACAACAAGGAAACAUGACAUGGCGUCCGAAUACGGGGGUGUGACGAAUGUUUUUGACGGACCUAAACGUGGAUGUACGUAAAUGGCUUCUACGACAACUGUUGAAUGUUUGGCGAACACACGGACACAUACGUUAAGUCUCAGAGGAGAAUUUAAAGAGAAAACGAUGGAUUUUUUAAGAUGGACGGAGGGACUUUUUAUUGCUGCUGAACCAACGAGAAACUCAACGCCGUUUAAACUAAAAAUGUACCAAAUCUGGAAGACCGGAGAAAACCUUUUGCGGCAGCGUAGACGGGCAGCGUUGCUGUGAAUCAGUAUUGUUUUCAUGUUGUCACAUUAGACCUUUUUUUUACCUUAGUUGCCAGUGAAGUUGCCCGUCUCCGUUACGGCUAAACAGUCUUCAUGUGUUACGGCCCCGCAGUACUGUAACAUACGUUUAUGGCGCUGGAAACGCCGGCCGUAAUCUCAACUGGUGAAACUGUAGAAGAUGACUGAACCAGAAACCAACCAGUUCAAUCCAGCCACGACCAGAGCCUCACAUCUGCUGAACAAAUCCUCGCUUUGAUUCAAGCCGCCUGUUUUUAGAAUAUAAAUAAAAAACAUUGUUAUAAUCACUCAAAGCUGCUCGUCACCUCUCUAAAGAAUGAUUUAUAAGCUCAUAAAGCAAAUCCUCAGCGUUUGUAUUCCUGCCAGAAGUGAAUGCAGAAAACGUGACGUUAUUGUUAGUAACACGUGGUGCGCUGUUUCUGUAUGGAAGCCCAUUUCUGUCAAUGUAAUAGAAAAGAGAUGAGAAAUCUUCU